UUGCACCGAACACGAUUUGUAGGCGUAAAAAAUAUUCGGUUACAAAGAAACGACAUAUUUACUGUUCCCUUGUUUGUUCAUCGUCGGAAUAAUAACAUGUCUCUCUCUGCGGUGUUUAUACUUGAUAUGAAGGGAAAGGUCUUGAUUUCCCGUAAUUACCGUGGUGAUGUGGACAUGUCAGUUAUUGAUAAAUUUAUGCCUAUUUUGAUGGACAUGGAGGAAGAAGGCCAGGUAUCCCCAAUUGUUGUACAUGGGGAAACAACAUUUAUGUUUAUACAAUACAACAACUUAUACUUGGUGUCAACAACCAGAAAGAAUGCUAAUGUCUGCAUGGUGUUUACAAUUUUACACAAACUUGUAGAAGUAUUUCUUGAAUAUUUUAAAGAACUAGAAGAGGAAAGUAUUCGUGAUAAUUUUGUUCUUAUUUAUGAAUUAUUGGAUGAGUUGAUUGAUUUUGGGUAUCCACAGACAACUGACAGUAAAAUAUUACAAGAAUAUAUAACCCAGGAGGGUCAAAGGUUAGAAAUAGCACCUAGACCACCAAUGGCGGUCACUAAUGCUGUAUCGUGGCGUUCAGAGGGAAUCAAAUACAGGAAAAACGAAGUCUUCUUAGAUGUGGUUGAAUCUGUUAAUUUAUUGGUGAGUGCUAAUGGCAAUGUGUUACGUAGUGAGAUAGUUGGUGCAGUCAAGAUGAGAGUGUUCCUCAGUGGUAUGCCGGAACUCAGACUAGGACUCAAUGAUAAAAUAUUAUUUGAAAACACAGGAAGGACUAAGAGUAAAUCAGUGGAGCUGGAAGAUGUCAAGUUUCACCAAUGUGUACGGUUAUCAAGAUUUGAAAAUGAUAGAACGAUUUCUUUUAUUCCACCUGAUGGUGAAUUUGAGUUAAUGUCAUAUAGACUGAACACGCAUGUAAAACCACUGAUUUGGAUUGAAUCUGUUAUAGAGCGUCAUUCACAUAGCAGGGUAGAAUACAUGAUUAAAGCUAAAAGUCAAUUCAAGCGACGUUCCACUGCAAAUAACGUAGAGAUCAUCAUACCAGUACCAAGCGAUGCUGAUUCACCUAAAUUUAAAACCACAAUUGGUAGUUGUAAAUAUAUUCCAGAGAUGAGUGCAGUUCUUUGGAAUGUCAAGUCAUUCCCUGGAGGUAAAGAAUAUCUGAUGAGAGCACAUUUUAGUUUACCCAGUGUCGAAGCUGAGAAAAAGGAAGGGACACCCCCUAUUCAAUGUCGAUUUGAAAUUCCAUAUUUCACUACCUCUGGUAUUCAGGUUCGCUAUUUGAAGAUUAUUGAGAAGUCGGGCUACCAAGCAUUGCCGUGGGUACGGUACAUAACACAGAAUGGGGACUAUCAAAUUAGAACUCAUUAAACAUGUAAACAUACAAAACAUAUCUUUCCACACAGUGUACGUCUGCGGCCAACAGUUGCAUUGCCGAAACGUUUUUUUAGUACAAACAUUCGAAAAUCAAGAUGACAUUAAUUAUGGUUCAUAGAGAUGCCUUCUACUGUUUAGCACCUUUGCUGUAAGUACUCACCUGUACAGGAUACUUCACAUGAUAAUAAACUCUGUCGCCCCUACUUUAUUUUUGGUAUGGCCCAGUGCCACUUAAUAUAGCAUGGGUGAAUCUAUUCUAGUCCCAGAAUUGAGGGGAGAGUAGGUUACAUUUUUUGACAGGUUAUUUUUGCAUCGUCCUGAUACCAAGAGUAGAAUUCAGUUAAUGAAUGAUUGUGUGUCGCACAAAAAACUCAGUCUUGUUCAGUGUAUUUAAGUUAUCUGCCUUUAUAUUUGUAUUCGUUCAAUACUCUGUAAGUUGUAUCCUUAUUGCCCAAAAGAAUAUCACAGUAAUUUUGUACCAGUUAGCGAAAAAUUUUUGUUGCCAAAAGCUGUUUAGUUUUAAUGUAAAAAAAAAUGUCUUUUCUAUGCAGAGGUACAUGUACUACCAUACUAGAAGUACUGUAAAAUGACUAAUUUUCGCUGGGUUUAAAUUUCGCUGAUUUACCAUUUCAGGAAUAUUUAGAGGGUUUUAAAUUCACCGUUUUAUCAUUUCGAUAAUGUGUUCUAUGCUAAAUUUGGGUUUUAAUUUAGCGCAUUUUCCAGUCAGCGAAAUAAGCAAAAUUAAAACCCAGUGAAUAAUUAACCCCUUUACAGUAUUUGUCGUCUAAUGCUUUGCAACUUUGACAACUUUUCCAUUAUACAUGUAAAACAAAUGUCCACUCUUUGUCGCAGAGUUUGUGUACUUUGUAUAUCAUGAAUUAAAGUUGUACUCCAAAAUCAUACAUAGAACUUUAUUGAAUUACUGCAGCCUGCUGUACUUUAGAGCAAAAGCAGAUCUUUGGAACCAAUAUUCAAUAGCGCUAGCAAAAGAAAAGUUCAAAUGUAUUAAAAUUUGAACGUUUAUUUUACCCAGUAUACAUUUUCCACAAUUCACACAUGAUUCAGAUUCCCAAAUAUUUUACACCAAUGAAGCUCUAUGGUUGCUCACAGAGUGAAACUUAUUUGUGAUAACAAAGCAAACAUGGCCAUGCGUGGCACACACAAACUUACCAGUGAACCAUGAAUAAAAAUGUAGCUUCUGAAAUUUUCAUCUUCAUUUUCCCCCUGUUCGUGUGAAAAACCCAUCAAUGUCAUUCAAAACUGAUUAUAAUUAUCUAUGUGAAAGCGUUUUUCAAAAACACAUUUUACUGCUUAUUUGACACUGUGAUGUUGUAAUAUUUUAUUGAUAAGAACAAGAAUUAAGAAAUUUGAAUAUAUGUAUGCUGUUGGUUAUGGAUUGCAUUGAAAAAAAAAACAUAACAUAGUAAAAAAAAGUUUAAUAGUCAAUAAAAAUAUACAGUAUAAUA